CUUCAACACUUUGACACUUCAACAAUUCAUUUCAGUCGAACUUCUAGUAAAGUUCUCGUCUACUUCCUCUACAUAACUGAUAGGUCUGUGCAUCUAGCUUAAACAAUUAUGGAUGACAUUAACCCUGUCCACACCACUGACAGCAAACAGCCCGGUCACACCACUGAGAGCAAACAGCCCGACCACACCACUGACAGUAAACAGCCCGUCCACACCACUGACAGCAAACAGCCCGUCCACACCACUGACAGCAAACAGCCCGUCCACACCACUGACAGCAAACAGCCCGUCCACACCACUGACAGCAAACAGCCCGUCCACACCACUGACAGCAAACAGCCCGUCCACACCACUGACAGCAAACAGCCCGUCCACACCACUGACAGCAAACAGCCCGACCACACCACUGACAGCAAACAGCCCGUCCACACCACUGACAGCAAACAGCCCGUCCACACCACUGACAGCAAACAGCCCGUCCACACCACUGACAGCAAACAGCCCGUCCACACCACUGACAGCAAACAGCCCGUCCACACCACUGACAGCAAACAGCCUGUCCACACCACUGACAGCAAACAGCCCGUCUUCCAACCCACCACCGACCACUUUGAUGAUGAGAACCAACAAUACCUACCUGAUGAUCAAUACGAUCAGGCGAUACUGUACGGUCCUGAUGGUAUUCCCCUCACUGAGGAAGAAGAAGAAUUUCUGGAGAAUGAAGUUUUUUUAGCAAGUUUGAUUAGAGAUCAAGAUCAAGAUAGUGAGGAUGACUACGACGAGGCCCUUGAACAAUUCCUUCUGAGUUUGAAGAAAAAAUAAAUCUGAAGCAUAGUCAGUUACGGAUUUUAGGUACGGUACUUGUGCCCCAUAGAACUUGAACUUGAG